AUGCCCACUGAGCCGCAUCUUGCGCCAAACCAAACCUCCGUUCCAAACAGCAUCAUCACUCCUGCAAGCGGUCUUCAAGCGGCUCGAACAGCUCCAUUCUUCGGAUACCGCCUAGCGAGGAUCCUGUGUCAAUCCUGUAGGGUUCCCUUGGGAUUUCUUCCUCAUAGAUUCCACUCAGGUAGCUCCCUGCGCACCGACUCACCAGAUAUUCACACCUUCGGACUAGACCCUUUAGAUAUUAUCACGGCCACUUCGUGUCUUUGUCCGCCAACCCUCCAUCUCGAGAUACUACUGAUCACUACCACUACGCCAGCUUUCUAUAUCAUCAGCUUCUCCUUGCUAGUAUACAUUAUUAAUUAUUAUACCGGGGCAGCACCAGACACGGGCUGCAUAUUAUCUGCGAGAGAUAUUGACUUACAUAUUUUGGCUCUCUGGGAGGGAAUGGCGUCCGCCUCGUUUCGUGACUCCAUGAAUUCCAUGGGAUGGGCACGGAGGGAACCGGAUACCGCAUCUACAAAUCGCACAGCCUCGAACUCUGUAUUCUCGAACCUUCAAUCACUUAACCCUUUUGCGAAUCGGGGUUAUGUUCAGCUUCCUGCGCAAGACGAUUCAGCUGCACCCUUACCGGCCCCAACAAGGCGAGAAGAGGACGAAACAUGGUUUUCAUUGACUCGAUGGGACCGAAUGCUGAUAUUUGCUGGGUGUAAUAUUGGUGCUCUUGUCUGUUUUAGUAUAUGCAUAGGGCUCAUAUUAUUCCCUCUAAUGUUCAGGGCACGGAAGUUUGCAGUUCUGUGGUCUGUGGGAUCCGUCCUCUUUCUCGCCUCCUGGGCUGUUCUCAUGGGACCUGUGGCAUAUGUCAAGCAUUUAGCAUCCGGGCCUCGCCUUCCGUUCACCGGCGCAUACUUCGCAUCGAUCGGCUUGACUCUCUACUUUGCUAUCGGACUCCACUCCACACUUCUCACCUUGAUAUCCAGCAUUUUUCAACUCGUCGCGCUCGUUUGGUAUCUCGUGAGUUAUUUCCCCAUGGGCAGCACGGGCUUGAGACUAGCAACGCGAGUUGGGGGAGGUAGGGUUGCGGCUUGGAUGAGUGAUUGA